GCUUAGGGGGUGGGAACAGCGGAACCAGGAGGAGCUGUUUUGGGGUGUUGUGAAUCCGUGUAGCCAAGAUAUCUUGAGUGGGAGUUGUCGGACCGAUUUGUGGAGCGAUUUGUCUGUGAAUCUGCGCUGAUUAGCAACGCGCCAGCAGCAGCAGCGAUGCCCGGGAUAGAGAAGCUGCCGAUAGAGGAGACGCUGGAGGACAGCCCGCAGGUAACAGCCCACUUUCCUGGAAACGUAAGCCAGGAUGCUAACGCUAGCAUCUUGUAAAGCUAGGCUAAGUGUCUUUGUAGGCUCAGAGCCCAACAACCAGCAAAGAGGUGCCAGGUUCAAGAAGUAUGCUAACUGCUAACGGCCCGGCUAACCAAAGCUGUCUAACAGAGGGCAUGAGCUGGAUUCACCAGCUGUGCUCGAACAUCUGGUGGGACUUUCUGUCAAGGGGCCAGGUCAUAGUGUCAGACAUUCAGAUCAGGGUUUGCCCAUAAAUGACACGGGCACAUUCAUGGUUAGCCGGGUACUUCCUUAGCACCAGAGCUGGACUUCCUCUCCCUCCUUUCCGUGAUAUCUGUUAAUCUUUUGGUCCUCCUUAUUUACGCUAUUGUUAGACGUGACAGUCACACGGAGCCAAAAGCUGCAGCUGCUUCAACCCCCCCCCCCCAAACACUGAUGCUGAUCUCUGCUGCAGACCCACCAGAGAAACACCUGCUGUGGCGUCACUGAACGGGGCGUGGCCCUGAUCAGAUUUGAAUCAAAUUUGAGGAUUUUCUCUGUCCAACUCGCCAAAACUAGCACCACCAAUCGUCCGUCCUCUGUGCUGAUGACACAUCACUCCAGUCUUAUGCCAAUUUUGGACCAAAUUCACUCUGUUUGAUUUCCCUCUGGUUCCUGAAAGUUCUGAGUCAAUGUCAGAUGAUGAUGAUGACUCAGAUAUUAUGAGAUGCGAGAUCCCUAAAAACACAAAAACAACCUUAAUUUAACUGUUAAACAAGAACACAACGCCUUGUGGUUUGUCCUGCAGAGUACACUCAAACUCUCAGUCCUGUCUGCAGAAUCACAGCGAAGCAGAAGAUUAGCUGCACAAAAACUGCUUGGUAAUCUAUAAAAAUAACAAAUAUUCUCUGAGAAUUAUUUUUUUAAAGACAGCAGCUUACUUACUGGGGGUAACCAUAGACUGUAUAAAGCAGGGAGGGGUGUCAAACUCAACCACAGCAAGGGCCAUAAUCUGGAUUUAGGUCUAACCUGAGGGCCAAACAGGGUCAACAUUUCACCAAAUCUGUCAACCUCCUUUUCAAAAAAUAUGUAACAAAAAAUAGCAAUGAUUAUAAAUCAUUUGGAAAUUCAAAUAUGAUAAAAAGAUAGAACAUUUUUCAUUUUUUAAAAUGAUAUUAUUUAUUAGUUCAACAGAUCAGAGCAUAAUAUUAAAAAUAGAAAAAUAAUACAUUUAAAGAGCAAACACAUGAGCAGAACGUUGAAAUCAGGUUCAAAAGGUCAAAAUAUGACUUAAAUUUUAAAAUUGGAAUCUAAAGUAUAAAAAUGACACAAGUCAAAAUACUGAGUUAAACAAAUCAAAGCAUGAAAUAAAAUAUCCAAUCAUGUUUGGCUUGUAAUCUUGAGAUGCAAAAUUAAAAACAUGAAAUAAAACACCAAAUAUUUUUUCCCCACAUUCUUGACUGUUAAUCAAAUCUUCCUUACUCUUUAAUUUCACAGAUUUUCGUGGCUUACUAAGGACAUUUUAAAUAAUGGUGCUAAAGUUUACAUUAUUAUACUGGAGGAAAUCUGCAGACCUUAUACUGGUGGGCCAAUAAUAAUUUAAAUAUGAUAUGAUCUUGUGGGCCAGAUAUAAUUGUUCCCCACGCCUAGAGUAUAAAGAAUGGACAGAGUCACCCUCCUUGCUGGGGUGUAGCCACUCCGAGAACAGCACCCUCUGGUGACGGGCUGCAGUAUAGCUCAUAAAUCAUAAAUCCCGCCUCCGCCAGCAAAGCUUAUGGAGCUGUGGACAAACUUUAUAAAUUUAUUACACAGAACAUAAAUUUUUCUCCCCCCUGCUUGUGAUGUUGACAUGUAGUUACUGUAAGACUGAUUUGUGCUCAAGUCCUCUUUUUUUCUGUACAGCUCCAUUUUUAAAAGUUAUUAGGGGGUUCAUGUUUUCUAUGCCUAUUGGCGUACAAGGAUUGCGUAGCUCUCCCGGGGGAUACGCUGUUUGAGCCGAGCAUCAUCACAGCGACUCUCAGCGUCUGCACGCAUCGCUACUGCACAGCGCUGGUUUCAGGAAAUGAAGAAAAAUCCCGGAAAUACCGAGAGCUUUUUGGCUUCAAAUCCAUAUACAGGCGGUAGGCGGAACCAAGUGGUCCAUAGUAUAUACAGCCUGUCGGGGUAACACAGGGUCCAUCUACAUAAAAAUAGCUGUUAAAACUGCCGCCUUGUCAGUAAUUUCCCCCUCAAAAACAAUAAGUGGUAUCAGUUUGGGGUCUUUAGUUUUCAGUUAUGCUCUCUUGAAGCCAGUUUUAGUGUAGACCCGCAUCUGCUCAGCUGUGAUAUUUAGCAGACUGCUGCAGACAGUGCUGAGAGUUUUCUAGUAAUGGAGUUAGUGCAUGCUCUGCUACUCUAAGUGUUUGAUCACAGGGUUUUACGCACCGUUUUCUUCUUUACACGCCUUUGGGGAAAUAUCGAAGCUCAUAUUGAAAACAUAAAACAACUCUGCUAUGACAACAUCAGGUUGAACCGGCUGAUGUAUCUGCAAAGCUGCAGAACUUGUGCCUUUCUUUCCAUUGUAAAUCAAGAGGACGAGAUCAGCUGCCAAACAUUGAAGAAUGCACCAAAAACUCAACAGGUUUUUUCACUCACCUGCACAAUAUCUGAUCGACCCACAAUCACACAGAAAGAAUAACCUGCAGAAGAGCCUCAUCCUAACAGGACCAGUAUGUAAGCAUGAAGAAUACGUAUGGGUUUGGCCAGUUACAUGAGGAUUGAUUCAGGAGGACCGUGAUCUUUUGAGGUUGAUGGACUUGCUGAAUUUUCCUCGAUGUUCUGCUUGCAGACUCGCUCUCUUCUGGGAGUGUUUGAGGAGGACACUGCAGCCAUCUCCAAUUACUGCACACAGCUCUAUCAGGCCAUGCACAGGAUUUAUGAUGCACAGGUACACACACACACACACACACCCACACACACAUUGUGAUUGACAGGUGGACCCCCCCCCGGCUUUGCAUGUAGAGGCAGAACAAACAUGAACAUUUCUGAGUGUCUGCUGGUUGAAAAGUUGGACUCAGAGCCGUCGUACUUUUUCUUUCUCAGAACGAGCUGAGUGCUGCGACACACCUGACCUCCAGACUGCUGAAAGAGUACGACAAACAGGUAGGAAGAGCAAACUACGUCAUCCAACUGCAAACCAGCUGUGGAAACUUGGCCUGUACUCUACAACAUUUUCCAUUUUUUUCUGAAAGUGCCAUUUACACAAGACUUAAAAUUUUUAAGAGACAGAGUUUGGGUCAGUUUUUGAACUUAAGUUCUAAGACAAAUAAUCUUGAAAAAGCCGAGAUCUUACUGGUUAAAUUUGUGCCUUAAACCUGAUUAAUCUGAUUAUUUUACGUCUGCUCCCUGCAGCGUUUUCCUCUGGGGGGCGACGAUGAAGUGAUGAGCUCAACCCUGCAGCAGUUUGCUAAAGUCAUUGAUGAGGUGAGAGAAACACAUCACAGUUGGUUUAAAACUUGAUUACCUUUCUGUAUGUUUUUACACACGACAUCAAAUCACAUUCAAAUGACAGUGAAGGAAUCUGAGGAUGAGAUUAAAGCAGCAACAAAGAAAACAGCAUACUUUGUUUGAACGAGCAACUCUGGAGAAUUUCAUAGAGCUCCUGAAAACCUGUAGAAAUAUUCAGGAGUGUGUUUUGUCUGUCUCCUCCAGUCCAGACACUCUGUGGUUUUUCAGCUGUUUGGAUUUUCCUCUAACUCGGUCUUUGUCGGUUUUUUCUGUCUGUUUCCAGCUCAGCUCCUGUCAUGCCGUCCUGUCCACCCAGCUCGCUGACGCCAUGAUGUUUCCCGUCACUCAGUUUAAAGAGAGAGACCUGAAGGGUAAUGAACACAAACAUAAGCACAAACACCAGAUUACAGGCGGUUCAUAGUUCCUGUUGGUGACAAAUCUCAGACUGUAGAUGAGCUGAAGCUGCUGCUGUCAAAGCUCAGCUCUGGAGUUCGUGUGUGGAGACUUUGCCUGACUAAUGGAGUCUACUCCUUCUUUAUCCACCAUGUCUCAGCAUUCAGAGAAGACUGCAGUGUUGAUGUUGUUAUAAAUGUUUCAUUGUUUCGGCCAAUUUCAAAGUUUAAUCCAGCCUGAGUCCAGUUUUCUGCUGGGAGUAGGAUUAUUUUUCCUUAAUCCUCAGAUUUUUGAACAACACAAACUAGAGGGUUUAUCCAAAAUAAAACAGGGUUUGUUCACCUGAUCUAAUCCACUUUCAAACAGCUUUUAAGAGUCAACCCAUUCGCUUUAAUCGGAUAAAUUUAUUUCUGACAAACCGGGCCUGCGAUGAUGGAAAAGCUUCUGUGGGUAACCGCCAAGUUUUCAGGCUGCCAGUGUUUCCAGCAGUCAGGGAUAAGGGACGUACAGCCGGGACUGUUUGUUCAUGAGCUGCCGUUGUUUACAGCUGGACUGCAGAAGUCUAAAAGCAGAUUUCAAGCUGCUGCUGCGACGUGAAGAGUUUUGUUUUAGUGGUUUGGCAGUAAAUAUGUUUUGGAUUUGUUACUGAAAAAUGAAGGUUGGAUCAAUUCUAAAUAGGUCGUUUAAUAAAACAUCUUCUUCUUUCCAGAGAUCCUCACUCUGAAGGAAGUCUUUCAAAUAGCCAGUGAUGGUAAGUCUUGACUGCCUCUGAUUUAUUUCCUGUAGUUCAGCUGUUCCUGUGUGCUUUAAUCUCUCUGUUUAUUAUGAUCAUUCAUUUAACUAAUAUAAGUCUGCUGUAAAACAGUUCUGUAUACAUAUGUGUUUGAUAUCUCAUAACUGAAAUAUCACAUUUGAGUUUUUAUUUGAUGUUUCCAGUCUGCACCUUUCCUCCUUUUAGCGCUUCUUUUCCCUCUAACUUCUCAGUUUUUGCUCCCUGACAGUUGUUAGUAUUUCUUAGUGUCCUGGUUGUUUUUGUUUUCUUCUUAUUUAACUGCUCAGUCGCCUUUUGAGGAGGAGUAACAUUUCCAGAACAAGAAGUCAUGAUCCAGGUCCUCAGUCCUAAACCCUAACCCACCCUGUCACCGUCUCUGCUUCUGACUCACCUUUUUUAAUCUUUAUUGACAUCAGCCACCAAAAAUAGGUCACCGUGGAUGUAUUAAACAGUCAUCUUUCUUUGCCUUAUCCAAUCAGUUUUGAACUGAUAGUUGAUCAAUCAUCUAUUUGGUGUCAAAGUCUUCUAUAAAACAAAAGAUUAACAGCACCUUAAAGCUUGAUUUUUCCAGGGAUUUACUUUAGAGAAUUUCAGAGACAGAAUUUAAUUUUAAGGUGUUCAUCUGAUGUGAUUAAAGACAUGAUGUACAGUCAAAAAACUCUAGCCAAGUCUUAAUUUAAACCAUCUGACCUCGAUGCAGAUUCAUGUAACACAUCGAAGUGUACAGAGGUCUGAUCCGGUAUUCUAAGUCUGUGUAAAAGGGAGAAAAAUGUUCAAAAGUGAUUAAAAUUUGCUCAUGAGGACGUAAAUGUUUAUUUCUGGAGGAGGAACGGUGAGAGCUGAACAGUGCAAAAUAAUUUCACCUGGUCAGAGAAAAACUUUUUUUUCUGGAGUUUGUCACAGAGAUGUGAGAAGUCUUCCUUUAGACACUUUAAACUCACAUCUAUGAAAACAGUCAGCAGAACGUCUGCAUAUAAGUAUCCGCUUCCCCUCGUGACUCACAUUUGUUAAGGUUUAGCCUCUAUUAAAGGGAAAUUUCACAGUUUUUCAUGGAGAGUGUCAAAGUAUUCAGUCUGUGUCUUCUGGUUUGUGUCUGCAGAUCAUGAUACAGCCAUUAACAGAUACAGCCGCCUCUCCAAGAAGAGAGACAACGACAAGGUAACAACCUCUGCGUACACGCUGUAUAACCUCAUUUUUACUUUAAACCUCUAAUAUAUGUUUCUUUUAAGUUUGUAGUUAAAGUGAAACUUGAACACGGUUUCACUGGUUGAGUUUUUAGAGAAAAUGUGUCGAAUAAUCUGCUAAUCACUAGAUUUUAUGCUCCAUAUCGAUCCUCUCUGACUGCAUUAUCUUGAUAGGAUUAUCCUGUCUAAGCUGUAUUACUUCAGUGUGCACCGUUACCCUGAGGCUAAGUGCUCUGUGUUGUAGCUGCGGGCAGAGGCUGUGGAGGACGUCUACACCUCCCGUAAGAAGCAGCACCAGACCAUGAUGCACUACUUCUGCUCGCUCAACACGCUGCAGUACAAGAAGAAGACGGCUCUGCUGGAGCCGCUGCUGGGAUACAUGCAGGCCCAGGUACACACACACGCACACACACACACACACACACAUAAAAAUAUUUAAAGCAUGGAUGACAGCACGACAGUAUCCAAAACAAAGCAAACCAAGACAGUAACCGCUGAGGCUCGAAUCAGACAGUUGGACGGGCAUAAAGCAGAGAAAAAGCUCUUCAUCAUCAGGACUGAUGGGGACUAAAACUCUCUCGUUAGCUUUUGUCUCAGAGCUCCUCAUGAACCAGACCUCUUGUCUUUUCUGUGUUUGUUUCAUGCAGAUCAGUUUCUUCAAGCUGGGUUCAGAAAAUCUCACCCAGCAGUGGGAGGAAUUUCUGGGAACUAUAGGGACCAGUGUCCAAAAGUGAGAACUGUUUUAUUUUUUUUAAAUCUUCGUUUAUUUUCCUGUUUGUUUACUUUAAAGGUCCUCUACGCUUCACUUUUUUAAAAAUUCAAACAGAAGAAAUCUGCGACAAUGUAACACCAAAAAAAACUGCGUGUCAUUGGGUUUCAGUGUGCGUCGGGAGAUGGAGGAGGAGAUCGGGCAGAUGCAGCAGACCAUCCAGGAUAUGGAGAGAUCAUGUGACCCGCUGUAUGCACCGUGUGACCCUGACCCCGCCCACUCACCUGUGUGCCGCAAUCUGACCCAGAAACAGGGCUACCUGUACAUCCGCAAGUAAGACGAACACAUGUCAAGUACAUUUCUGAGAUCCUGUGUGUUUCCUGUUUCGGCAGCCGUCGGGUUUCAGGACUUUGUUUGUGUCGUCUCGUUGUCCGAAGAGUUAAAGUAGCUCUCCUGUGUGUCACAGUAAGACGGGGCUGGUGUCAUCGUCCUGGGAGCGGCAGUACUUCUUCACGCAGGGCGGUAACCUGAUGCAGCAGGGCCGAGGCGAGGUGGCGGGCGGGCUGGUCACAGACCUCGACAACUGUUCCGUCAUGGCAGUUGACAGUGACGACCGCCGCUUCUGCUUCCAGGUCACGUCCUUCGAUGGAAAGAAGUAAGAGGGACACGCACCCGUCUGAACGCUGCUCCGGUGGAUUAUUUUAGUGCGGAGGUUCAUUUAUGUUCUCAUACUUUGUCUUCUCAGAGUGGUGACGCUGCAGGCUGAGAGCAGGAAGGACUGCGAGGAGGUAAAACGUUUUUCUGUCAUGGUCAGAGUUUAAAAACCACAAAGAGAACUCGACACAUUCAGGCUGAACAAAGUCAAAAGCCCCAGCUGGAGAUAACUGCUCUCACACAGCUGGUUAUGAGCUACCUGUGAAGAUGGUUUCAGAGAGAGGAGUCCUGGAACUGAGUCUAGAGCCAGCUUUGUGUCACAGAAAACUCCAGUGACCCCGACAUACCCUCUGAUCUUGCUCUGCAGUACACCCCUCUGCUCUGUGUCCUCACCCUGCCUCUCUGCUCUUCCUCCCUCAGUGGAUCGCCACCAUCAACAACAUCUCCAAGAGGAUCUACCUGAGCGAGAACGCAGAGGUGUGUUAUAGUCCUAUUUGGAUGUUACAGCCCUGGUCUGAGUCAUAAGGGAAGAAACAUAAAUGCAGAUGUACUCGAGAAGGCAAAACAUUUACUGUUUACAAACCCACAAAUUAAAGACACAGUAAGGAGUUUUUAGCAGACUGAAACUGGCCAAUCUCUUCUCAUCAUUUCAUUCCCUUCCUCGAGAUUUUACCAUCAAAAACUCUCAUGUGCACAGUCUCCUCGUCUUCUUCUGUGGUGCUUUUCACGCAGUCUCUCCCUGAGCACACUGAUGCUGAUGUUGCGGUUUUCUUUUGGCAGGAGCUGGCCGCCAGAGUCAACCAAUCGGCUCUUGAAGCCGUGACACCCUCACCGUCCUUUCAGCAGAGACACGAGAGCAUGAGACCCAGCAGGUGUGUGUUUGUUAAAAAAAACAUCUUAACACACAGAACAAACUUCACACACAGCAGCUACAGCAUCCCUGUGAAGGUGUGCUGGAAAACCUCAGGACCAAUCAGCUGUUAGAGAGAGAGAGAGGGGUGGGGAUUUUGGUGGAUUUAUUCAGACCAUCUCUCUCUCUUUCUCUGUCUCUCUGAUCCAGUAAAGGGCGAGUGGGUCGAGCGGGCAGCAUCAGCUCUGUGGGCUCAGAGCCGUCUCCUGCCCUCUCUGUGCUCUCAUUGGAUGCUCUAGUUGCCCCGGAAACACCCAUCCAGUUUGACAUCAUUUCCCCCGUCAGUGAGGAGAACUCGGCGCAGAGCAAGACGGCAGCUCAGUCCGGGAGGUAGGUCUCUGAUGAAGAUCUGAACAUUUAUCUGCAUCCAACAAUUGUGUGUGUGUGUGUGUGUGUGUGUGUGUGUGUGUGUGUGUGUGUGUGUGUGUGUGAGUGUGUGUGAGUGUGUGUGUGUGUGUGAGUGUGUGUCUGAAUUGUUUUUAGAUUUUUAGAUGAUCUAGUUUUAAGCAGUUGAUUUUAGCAGGAGUGUCUUAGUCUUCACUUACACGGUGGAAACUUUAUGUGUUGUGUAUUUACUGUUUUUAGUUUUUUGUCGGCUGUGUUUUAAUAAUUUGAUAUUUACUCUUCUGUGUGUGUGUGUGUGUGUGUGUGUGUGUGUGUCUGUGUGUGUUCAAAGAAGAAGUAAUCCCUUUGGAGAGUCAGGAGACGGCACAUCAGAGGACAGUGAAGGUACGGUCUUUGUUUCUGGUUUUGUUUUUUACGGUGGCCGAGAACCGCCACUGCUGCAAAUAAAAAAUGAAUAAAUGAAAAAUAAAAAAGAAGAAGAGAUGCAGAAAGAAACCGGAGCCCGCUGCAAAUAAAAAAAGAAACAGUACAGAUAAAAAAGCCACAACAGAAGUUAACGACGCAAAAAAAAGUGGCGAUAGAAAAAAAAAAGUUACUUACUGUGAAAAUAAAAGGAUGCAAAUAAAAAAAGCCACAAUGGAAGUGAGCUGCCGGGGACCGAUAAUGAUGAUGCACCGGUGUUUUACAAUCUUGGCACAGAAGACGACGGCGAGAAGACGAGCAAAAUAUUUCUUGAGGUUUCUUUUCAAAGUUUAGUAGUAGCACUCUGACCACUACCGCCCCCCAGUGGACUAAAGGAUGGAAAGAAGUACUGUAGGCAGUGAGUUGUUGCUAUUCUCCUGAACAGCCAGAGACGAUUGAAUCUUCUUCAACAGUCCCAAUAAACCAGGAUAGCGGUCCCCCCCUUCGGAGGAUGUGAGAGUUUUGUAAAUGGUGGUGGACUAAGAAUCUGUGUGAUGAGUGAUUAUUUCUCUGUGGUGUCUGCGGUUCAGACUCGAUCCUCCACCAGCUUUUCAUCGUUCGCUUCCUGGGCUCCAUGGAGGUGAAGACCACCGAGUCAGGUGACGUCAUCUCUGAGACCAUGAGGCAGAUCCUGGCAGCUCGAGCCAUCCACAACAUCUUCAGAAUGACCGAAUCACACCUGCUGGUCACCUGCGACUGCCUCAAGUAUGAAUUAUAUAGAGUGUGUGUGUGUGUGUGUGUGUGUGUGCGUGUGUGUGUGUGUGUGACAGACUCUGGUGCGACUGACUCCGUCUUUGUGUUGUUUUCAGGCUCAUCGAUCCACAGACCCAGGUCACUCGUCUCAGGGUAAGACCUCCUCAGUGUGUCUGGUCAGAGAGUUUUAUUCUCAGUCGUGUUUGCGGUGUUCAUCCUCUCUCUCCUCCUGCAGUUCCCUCUCUCCACCGUCAUCCAGUGCUCGUCUCAUCAGGACAACAAGAGGCUGUUUGGUUUCGUCCUGCAGCAGACAGGCGGGCGCGGGGACAGCCGGGCGGUCUGCUACAUCUUUGAGUCCAACGACGACGGAGAAAAGGUGGGAUGUGUUUACCUGUUUGUCUCGUUUCCCUCCUCCUCCUCGUCCUCCUCCUCCUCCUCCUCUCUGCUCUCUCUGACUGUUCCUCUUCUGCACGUCUUUCAGAUCUGCGACAGCAUCGGCCUGGCUAAACAGAUCGCCUUCCACUCGGAGAUGGUGAGACCGGCUCGUCGCUCCAUAGUGACGCAAACUCUCCCGCUCUCUCCCGGGUGUUGUGGAGCUUAACUUUUCUCCUCUUUGCUUCUGUGCGUAGGAUCGUAAGGCAUCAGAGAAGAGGAAGGAGCAGGACAAAGCCAAAGAGAAACAGCAGGAAGAGCUCAGCAAACAGAGACAGAUCGAGAAGGUGAGAAAGAACACAACCUCUUCACCCGCAGUCAGAACCAGAGGCCUGAAAAGACGACACCCUUUAGUUUUUAGAGUCACAAAAGAGACCACCUCACUAGAUGAUCUGCUUUAUCACAAACAAAAGGACAGGAGAAGCAGAAGUUUGUCUUAUGUCCAACUUGAUUUUAUUUCUGGACUGCAAAAAUUCACCCCAGAUACCGAGGCUUUGAACUUUAGUGUGUUUUCUGUGGAUUUUUAUCAGUGUAAACUUUUUCACCAAGUUUGGAGAAGCCAAACUCCUCAGUGUCUCUUGUUUAUUGGAGUUUUGGAAAUAAAAACAGCAGCAGGACUAAAGCGCUUCAAAAUUCGGACAUCUUCAGACAUUAUUUGAAAUAUUGUUAAACAGGGUGUCCUUUCACAAACUCGGCUGUGGUAAAAAUGUUAAAUCAUGUUUAAUGAUGCCAGUUGUCUGUACAACAAAGAGAGGUCCUGACUCCUCUGACACAUCACCUCUUACCUCUGAUUGUUUUUUUCUUCACGUCAGGAAAUUGUUUUAAAAUCUGCAAAAAAUACAGAUAGUGAUGUUGUGAUGUUGCCCAACUAUUUAACAAGACUUCAUCACACAUCUCUCUCUUAUCACUUACAGAUUAAAAAUUCAACUGUGUAGGUGUGCAGAGAGCUGUCAUUCGAUUCAUUCAUAGAUCAUAAAUGGGUGUGUAUAUACCCAGGCGGUACUUUGGCAGCUUUAUUUAAAUGCGGGAAACUUAACAUGAGAGGCAGGUUGUAUUCCUCCUGGUUGAGUGUUGAUGCUGUUACAUGUCUGGAACUACAUCCAGAUUCAGCUGCAACACCUUUACACCUCUGAGCGUUUGACUCAGCAGAUGAGGAGUAACAGUCCCGUCUUGAGUGGGCUGUGACUCUGAAAUCCUAUCGAGUGUUUUUAUCUGAGUUCAGUAUCAUUUUUCUUCUCCUUUCAGGAUCUGGAGGAGCAGAGCCGUUUGAUCGCCGCCUCGAGUCGUACCGCCAACCCACCUGCCACCGACGGACAGUUCCUUGUGCUAAGCAACAGCCAAUCGGAGGACAGCGAUGCCGGUGGGGAGGAGGGUAAAAAGAAGGGUGAGUCUGAAGCCUAACAAAGCGAGGAGGACACAUGUUUCACCGCCCAGGCAGAUCCCGGCUGCUGCUGUGAGAGGAACAGCUCAGGAGUUAGAGGAGGGGAACACCGCCCGCCUGCCCACCCAUCCUACCGUCAGGGACACCUGGGAAUAAAAAACAUGUGCGCCCUCACUGCUGGACUCUGAAGUUAGUGGUGGAGCUCAUCACUCUGAACAUGGAGGGUGAACUAAACGCGCCCUCGCUAUAAGAAGAGGAGGGCAGCGAGCGUGGAAACGUCUGAUAACAGACGCUGCUUUUUAUACCGGCUCCACAUGUAUACAUUAACCUGUAAGUUUCUGUUUUUUAUGUUUAUUUUAUAUAAAAAGAGCUAACAACAAUGACAAAGAAUUCAACAAGACGUGGAAAAAUAAAGCAGGACAUGAUGGAGACUUGGGAGAAAACACUGAAGGAGAAGAGGCCACGACGAGGUCCCAGAAGGAAGCAGGACCCUGCAGAGUCGUGGGUUAAAUAUUAGAAACGCAAAAAGAGAGAGGUAGGGAGUUUUAUUUUGAAGGUCUCUUCCUGUGUGAUGUGUUCUUCAGCUGACCAUUUCUGCAGCGGUACGGACCUUUUCUCUCUUUCUCUCCUCACUAGAAGUUUGUAUUAAAUUUUGCUUCACUUUAUGCAGACACACUACUAAGACUAAUCUGCACUUCAAAUACUGACCCCCCAGACCGCAGAUCUGAUGUUUUAAAACUUAUUAAUACAACGAGCUGAGUAUCUGUAACCAAAUUCUGUUCCUGUGGGGUCAAAGGUUGACCCAAAAUGAGAAAACUUGAGAUUAUUUCAACCCUACUAACCUUAGAGCAGUGAAAAGGUUGCUCGACAUCUUCUGAACUUACUGUUUCCUGAAGUUCCGUGUUAUUUCAGGCGAUUACAGAAAAAGACGAGCAGCAGCUGAGCGUUUCAUGGUACAUCUGUGACGCAGAGCCCAGAAUCUAGGUCCUGCUAUUUCCUGUCCUGGGUGACUUAGACCAGGAAACACUGACAACAGAAAUCACUGAUAUAAUCUGAGCCUGAUUCAAAGUAAUCUGACCAGAUCACGGCGAUCUAAUAGGAUCAGGUCUAGAAAUCGGUUUUGGAUUUGGGCGCCCCCAUGUGGUACACAGAGUAUGUCGUAUAUGGCCCUAUUAAGGUUGAUCCAGUAGGAUCAGGUGGUCCAUCAUUUGCUUUCAAUCCAGUUUAUAACUUUAGAUCUAAAAACCAGGUUUGGAUUAAGAGACAAAGACCGGAUCAUUUCAGACCCUGAUUUAGCCCUUUUUUCUUCUUUGUUAACUCUCUAUAUUUUUGACCAGAUGGUCAUGAAGACAUCUUAAAUUUCUCCCAGUCUCUCAGUAUUGAUCUGUUAUUUGUUGUUUGGGGCCUAUUCUGUUUUUUCUUUUUUCCCUAAGUCUGCUUUUAUUCAGACUGAUUCACCAUCUGAUUAUCUGUAGAAAAUAUCUGAAUGAAACUCAUCGUUAACAGAGGGGGUGGUGAAGUUCGAGCAGUCAAACCUCUUCUCUUUGGGCUUUUAAGAAGUUUCUCCAUGAAACACAGUUACUGAUUUUAUUUGGGGGUCACUUUGGGAGGAUGUGUUCAUGCUGGAGGAUUCGUGUUGAUGGAGCUGCACUUUACUGACGCAGAAAAAAAAAAAAAGACGAGCAUCAACGAUGUUUAUCUGUAAAUAUGUUCCAGUGAUAAUUGUAUCAUGUGUCAUGAAUAAUGAAAAAAAGGCUUUUCGGUGAUAAAUAAAGCACUAACUCCACCCGCCUGAGUCAGUCUGCUUAUGUGUACACAUCAAACACACCUCUUCAAGUCAGAGAUAGUAAAAUAAAUAAUGUAAACGCUGAGUGGCCACCAUGAUAACUUUAUUGUAUAAUAAAUAAAACAAAUCAUUUCAAAAAUACAAAAAUACAUUUGCGUUCAAUAACUGAGCUCAUCUGCAAAACAUAGAGGUGCAGAAAAAACAUGAAACACACAAACAAACGACAGCAACUGUAAACACACUGUAAACGUGUGAGUAGAUGAGUACUUAAACUCACAACAACAACCUUUAAUUUCUGAGUAAUCCUUCAAAGUGGAGCUACAAAGUGUUUCAUAGAGGCAGCAUAAAAAGAGAGAAAAAUACAUGACAAUAAAGAGGGAAUUUUAAGUCUCCAUUACACAAAGGUGUGAAAUCAUUAAAUUUCUGCUGUACAGUGAUUUAAAUAUAAAAGUGAUAAUUAUAAUAGUGUAAUUACCCAAAACACAGUCACACCGUGGUCUGACUGUCUGAUUGCAUUGAUAUUAUCUUGAUAUUUGGGAAAACAUGCACACAUUUGUCUCAACAGGAAUAAAUUCAGCUGAAAAGAGGCAGAUUCAUUCGGAGGGUUUACACUCAAUCCUUAACCGUUAUAACUUCACUGCAGAACAACUGUCAACAAAGGUUAUAUUUAAUAAGUCCCUGAAUCUACAGCUCUAACUAUGAACUUCAAAGUGAUUUUAAGAGAGAAACUCUGACCUACAGAGUUUUCUGUGAGCCUUAAACACAGCAUGAACUCCCACAUGCAAUAUGAUUUUACUGUACAGAACCCAGUGCAGUAAUUUUAUUUAUAUCUACAUUCAAUUUAUUCUAGUGUAUUAAUUAUGUUUAUUUUAGUGCAAUAAUUUUCUUCAGUGCAACAAAGACAAUUAUUAUAAGGCAAUAGUGUGAGUUAUUCUCAGGAUUAUGGGAUUUUUACAUGUUUUUUAACACCCAAGAGCAGCCAAUCUUAAAGUUAUAGGUGUGGCUGUUUACUUUAAAUUUCCUGUGUUAUAUGGCUGAUCAGAGGUAGGACUCCUGUGUUUUCAUCCUGUUCAAUAAAAACAAAGUCCCUCUGUUCCUAUUCUGCUCAUUGAGUCAGGAGUCUGUCCUUCAUGUUCCUCCAGGAUUGAAGGCUCAUAAUAGAUCGCCUGAUGUGUUUGAAGACUCAGCAGUACACAGAUUAAUGCAAAACACAAGAGGGUCUCAUCCCUGUUUCUGGAUCUGGUUGGAAAGCCAAUCCAGACCCUCAGCCAGACCUGCUCCGCUGACGGCACAGGAGGCCUGGACGAACCACUGCAGACACACAGAGGGACGGAGACAGACACUAGCUGCAGUUCAAACAAUGAAAAUAACAUAAACUCAGCAACAAUCAUGAAUCAAAACAAACUAAGGAUUCGGGAUGGGUUUUUGACUUGGACACUAACCGGCUGUGAGACUGCUGAUAGGCUCAGAGCCUCUGUGAUGUCACUGACUGACAUGGCUCUUGGUAAAUCCUGUUUGUUUGCAAGGACUAGUACGGCCACGCCCCUCAGCUCAUCCUCCUCCAACUGUGAGGCAGAAAAACAAACAAACAAACAAACGAAAAAUGCUUAAAUUAUCAUUGAAACCAGGUGUUCAUUUAAAAAAAUAAUGUGAUGUGCUUCCUUAAACAUAAAAUACUUCCUAAUAUUUAAAUUUCGACAAAAAACAAUCUGAUUCAACAUUUGUAAUUACUAGGUCCCUCUGUUGAUAGGUGAAAGAUCCAGUUUGUAACUUCUCUGUUUUGUUUAUUUUUGUAAACCAUAAAAACGCAUCAACAUGGAUUUCCUCUCCAUAAUAAACAUCUGUGUAAGAAAUAUUGCGUGUACCAUCUUGUGCAGCUCAUCAGCAGCUUCUUUCAUCCUCUCUGGGUCAUUGCUGUCGACUACAAAUAUCAAACCCUGAAGAAAAACAGACAGAAAUCACAGCAAACGUCUCCUUACUGGCUCAUAUAAACUGCUUUUAUAACAGUGACAUUAGUGAUAGUAGAAAUGAUCAUCUUACCUGAGUGUUCACAAAAUAAUGUCUCCACAGAGGUCUGAUGAUUGUCUGACCGCCAACAUCCCAAACUGUGAAACUGAUGUUCUUGUACUCCACUGUCUCCACAUUGAACCCUAAAAAUAUUUGAACACAGAGAAGUUCAUUUUUAAUGUUUGAGGGUUUUUAAAAAAUAUUCGUUUGUAUGUUCACAUCAGCAGAUAAUACUGAAGACUAACCGAUAGUUGGGAUGGUGGUGACCACCUCAGCCAGCUUCAGUUUAUACAGCAGAGUGGUUUUACCGGCUGCAUCCAGACCCACUGCAGACACAAACACACACAAAAGGAAGAAAUGUAGGACGAAACAAUGUUAUUGUAAAAAAAAAAAAAAAAAGUUUACUUUAACUGGUAGUAAAAGUGCUCAAGAGUCUGCUCAACAGUUACAGUGUACAUGAAAAAAAAAAACAAUCUUUGACAAUUCAAUUCCUCUGUUUGCCACAUCCUUGUUUUCCACCUUAAACAAAUAUCACCCCGUUAACAAUACUUGUCUGUGGGCAUCAAUAUGGUUCAGACACAUCCUGCCGAACUGUGAUUGGCGCCUAAUGCCUAGCAACGGUCUGUCCUUCUUAGCAACGGUCAGCUAAACUGGAAGUUUUCAACAGCAUUAUCAGCGAAUCCUCUCACCAUAUACUCGCAAAUACACAUCAUACAGUAAAUUAAUAGUAAUCUUUGGGAUUAAUCUUUAUUUUCAAAUCGGAUUUUUUUUUCUUUGACAAUGAAAUAAAAUGUUCAUUCAAGCGUAACUGUUGUGCAUGAACAUAACAAAAGACUACACAAUAAAUGAUUUAAUAUUUGGUAAAAAGAAAUGAUAAAAGUUUGAAUUUAAAAUAAAAAUAAAUGAAUUCUCACCCAUUAAAAUCCGUACAGGUGUCUUGUAGGUGAACCUGGAGAAGAUCUGUGAAAUAAUGACGCCCAUGUUCGUGGUGGUAAGUUCCUCCUCGCGGUGAUCAGCUCGUGCUGUUUCUGUCGAUGUGUGUGCAGGUGUGUGUGAGUGUCUGUGGUUUUAUAGAGCAGUGGGAGUGUGUGUGUGUUAUCCAUACUGUCACACCGGUCGCUGUCAGCUCGGUACACGGUGGCAGAGGAAACGUGGGCAGCAAAAACAACACAACUGUCACAACAUCGCUUAACUGAAAACAGCACUUCCGCUAAUGACCCCUCCAAAAUAAAAGUGUUUGAAAUACCGAUUUGCUCCAGCUUAUGUUAUUUUAGUUUGAAUUGAAUUAGUUUGACAGUCGUACUACAGGACGUUACUGCCGUAUAAUAAGACAAAAGCAGACUAAAGAGCCUUUUAAAGCCUUUUUCCAAGCCUUUAAUGUUCAUUUAUUUUCAGAUAAAAUAAAAUUCAGAAUUCAUGCUGCAGCUUUCUGACCUAAUAUUAGCACAUUCAAUACCAGUAAGACUAAUGACUGGUCAGGUGCUUUGUGCGCCCCAGUGUUGAGAAGAAACACGACUGAGUAAAGCUAGUCUACAGUCCUUUUCAGGCUGUGUUAGAUUUUCUUAUUGUACUUUGGUAGUCAGACAUCGUUUCCGGUGCCAGCUUCAGGUGUUGUAAACAGGAAGUGUUGAUGUGUGAUUUGUUGUCGUUCUCAGAUCUGA